CGUUGUAACUAACCUCAACCAGUUAAUAAUUGUUGUGAAGCAGUCGGAUGUGUUGUAGCGAAUCCAUGAUAAUAUUAAGGUAAAAUAGUAUAUAGGAAAGAACGUAGAUGAGAUCGCCAACCCCUUUUAUAGGGAACCGGGUUAGAUCCCAGAGCGUCACGAGAGCAGACCGGUAACAGAUACCGAGGGACAGGUAGGAGUCGAAUGUAGACAUCCGGCUGCUCUGCAACACCUUACAUUGUUUUUAUGUAUUUUGAUAUUAUUAGAAUACUGUACACUCUUUUUUUUCAAAAUUCCAUUCAAAUUCUUGAUAAUAAUUCCGAGCGUUGCAACAAACCGAUAAAAUCAAAAAAAGAAAUUCAAUUACAAUGCAACAAAAAGAAAACAAAGAAAUUUAUAAAUAGAAAUGAAAUCAACACCAUUAAUGGUGAAUUAGCUUGUGUGAUUGUUGGAUUGUAUUGGGGUUAUUCUGUCAUCUGUGUUAAUAUCAGUACUUUGUGUAAUGUCUGUUUUCCACAAGUUUCCCGCUUCUGUAGUCAUCAAAUUUUUAUUUUAUGAAGCGUCAUGUUCCCGUUCAUUUUCAUCCAUCGUCUCUUUUAGAUGGUGAUAUUUCAAAGAAUC